AUGCUGAAUUACUUCCUGGUAGAGCAUAAUAAGCCUAAACAAGCAACUAACGUAGUAGAGUACUAUGAGGAAUUUGAAGAGUGGAGAAACGAGAUGUUGGCUUUGAAACCAGAACUCAGUGAGGAAUACUUUAUUGAUGGUUUUAACUUUGGGCUUGAUUGGAAUAUCCAGAUGAAGCUAAAGAGAUUUAGGAGUCCACCCAAGAUCUUGUAUGAAGCAUAUCUCCGAGCAAAAAUCGAGGAAGCCGUGAUGGAGAAGCAUGAUUCUGCUCUUGAUUCACCAAAAGGAGAGCAGCUUAUGAAAGAAAAUGAGGGUGUAGAGGCUGAACACAAUGAUAUAAUCACUAACUUGAAGGAUGAAAGUGUAGUCAGCCACAUGUUUGAUGGGUUGUGCCAAAGGACUCCAAUGGAUUUUUUAGAGGAGAACCAACAUAAAACAUCAGCAAGGGAAUAUCAAGAAGAAAAAGCUAAAAACCAAGUGUGUGAUAGAUUGGCUCACAACGAUUGUGUUAUCUCUCAAGGGCUUAGCUAUGAAUUGCUUACAGGGGAGCUAGGUUGGCAACAAGGCUCUAUAGACAAGGAAAUAUUUAACUCUGCUUCACCGCUCCACUGUCCCAGAAAUUGGUCUUCGGUCAGCCGUGAGGUAAAGCAAAAGUUCAUUGAGAUUUUAUUUAAAAGACCAAUCAUGAUGAUCAUAGGCUACAGGGCCAUUGCCCGGCCUACUUUCUCCCUUGUCAUUUGUGACGUGCCUGCCAUUUCCUUCUGUAAGCCUCAACUGUAUUCUUCUUCCAUGAAUGGAUGUAGAUUCAUGCGGUUUAGUUGUUCAGUUUCUAGUAGAACCGUUUCAUCUACUUCUCUAGACUUAUCUUUGUCCAAGGACAAUUCUGGUAAUGAAGGGCUUCAAAGGCAAAAGGCUUCUUCCUCUUUGUAUGCUCAUCCUAGUUUGUCACAGAUUAGGAGUGAGAAGGCAGCCAAUCGAGCCCCUGUUUAUGAUUUCUUGAGGGGAAUUGGUGUUUUCCCUGAUGAGCUUGAUGGAUUGGAGCUCCCUGUCACUGUAGAUGUAAUGUGCGAACGUGUGGACUUUCUUCACAGAUUAGGCCUCACUGUUGAGGAUAUAAACAAUUACCCACUGGUUCUUGGCUACAGUGUCAAGAAAAACAUGGUUCCCGUCCUUGAUUACCUCGGCAAGUUGGGUGUUAAAAAAUCUACGUUUACAGAAUUCUUGCGUAGAUACCCACAAGUCCUCCAUUCUAGUGUUGUUGUCGAUCUUGCACCGGUAGUUAAGUAUCUUCAAGGAAUGGAUAUCAAGCCAAAUGAUAUUCCUCGGGUUCUGGAGAAGUAUCCUGAAGUAUUGGGGUUUAAGCUGGAAGGCACCAUGAGUACUUUAGUGGCUUACUUGGUUGGAAUAGGGGUCGCAAGGAGAGAAAUUGGUGGGCUACUAACUAGAUACCCCCAAAUAUUAGGAGUGAGAGUUGGCCGUACAGUCAAACCAUUUGUGGAUUAUCUAGAAAGCUUGGGAAUACCACAAUUAGCCAUAGCUAGACUAAUAGAGAAAAGACCUUUUAUUCUUGGAUUUGGACUUGAAGACAGGAUCAAGCCAAAUGUUGAGUCCCUUUUAGAGUUCAAUGUUAGGAAAUCGUUGCUUGCAUCUGUCAUUGCACAGUAUCCUGAAAUUAUAGGAGUAGAUGUUCAAACAAGACUUUGCACUCGAAGGGACUUUCUUAAUUCAAUCAUCCAAUUGGAUCCUGUUGGUUUUGGGAGAGUUGUAGAGAAGAUGCCACAGAUUGUCAGCCUCAAUAAUACUGCCAUAUUGAAGCAUUUGGAUUUCCUCAAGGAAUGCGGAUUUUCCUUGGAACAAGUGAGAAAGAUGGUGAUGGCCUGUCCCCAACUGCUUGCUCUAAAUCUUGAUGUCAUGAAAGUAAGCUUUGAUUACUUCCAGGGAAAAAUGGCAAGACCGUUGGAUGACUUGGUUUCUUUCCCAGCCUUUUUCACUUAUGGUCUUGAGUCAACUAUUAAACCAAGACAUGCAAUGAUUGGAAAGAAGGGUUUGAAAUGUUCUCUUGCUUGGUUCCUUAAUUGUUCUGAUGAGAAAUUUGAGGAGCGGAUGACAUAUGACACUAUUGACAUGGAAGAGAUGGAAGUUGAGUCAUCAUUUGACAUGAACUCUUUACUUGGUACUAGAACAGUGGUACCAAUUUCUGCAAUUUCUGCAAAUAGGUACUUUGGUCUGCAAUUUCUGGCUGGCUUGGCCUGUAAUGGCUACAUAGGAAUUCUCCUAUCUGUUUCAAAUCCAGGAGUAACAGCAGGACUUCAAACCUUGCUUGGGUGUGUUGAUGCUAACAUGCAAGACCUUUUAAAGGCAGUAGAGAAAUUCCUUGGUUUGCAUUAUCCGGAUCAAGUUGCUCUUAAAAGAUUAUAUAUGGUUGGUGGUGCUACUUCUAGAAUUUCAGCUCUUGUUGCUCAGCUAAAACAGAAGAAUCAGCAAGCUUUGCCAUUUUCUUAUACUACUUGCUUGCUGCGAAUUGCCAAAUAUCAAUCCGAAGACUUUGUUUGGAAGCUUGGAACUUUGUUCGACAUCCUUGAGGACAAGGAUUGUUUAAGGGGGAGGCUCUGUCAUGGAGUAUGA